CCUCAAACUUGCUCCGCCACUUCCUCUCGCUCCUUUCGGACUUCCUCCUCUUCAUUAGCUCCGCCCGCCCGCCUCGCACUGAGAUAGAGAUCCGCUGUCCCUCCUGCGCGCACACACACACACACACCCCCGCACACGCACACACACACACCCACACACGCACACAAGCAAACAUACUGACACACAGACGCGGAGCGGGUCUGAGCGGAGCUGCGUGCCCGGAGAGGAGGACUGAUGCCCGCCAGACGAUGGGACGCCAUGUGUCUCUGAACAAACUGUGUUAACUGAAAGGAAGUGAAGUGUCGCUGACAGCCGGAGAGGAACGAGUGAACCGACCGGCUCUCUGGAGGUUGCUGAAGGGCCAGAGGUCAGAGGUCAGAGGUCGUCAUGCAGAGCAUAAAGUGUGUGGUUGUGGGUGACGGCGCUGUGGGGAAGACCUGCCUCCUCAUCUCCUACACGACCGGAGCUUUCCCCAAAGAGUACAUCCCCACUGUGUUCGACAACUACAGCAGCCAGGUGACGGUGGACAACAGGACCAUCAGUCUGAACCUGUGGGACACGGCGGGUCAGGAGGAGUACGACCGGCUGAGGACGCUGUCCUACCCGCAGACCAACGUCUUCAUCAUCUGCUUCUCCAUCUCAAGCCCCGCCUCCUACGAGAACAUCAAACACAAGUGGCAUCCAGAGGUGUCUCACCACUGCCCCGGCGUCCCCAUCCUCCUGGUCGGCACGAAGAGCGACCUCCGGAACGACGGCGAGACCCAGCGGAAGCUGAAGGAGCAGAACCAGGUGCCGGUCAGCCACCAUCAGGGCGCCGCCCUCGCCCGCCAGAUCCAGGCCAUGCGCUACCUGGAGUGCUCGGCGCUCAACCAGGACGGCAUCAAGGAGGUGUUCGCCGAGGCCGUGAGGGCCUUCCUCAACCCGCAGCCCGCCGCCCAGAAGAAGCACUGCGUCCUGCUGUAGGGGCGGAGCCUGCGAACGCCACAUCCAGCCGGUUACUGUGGCAACAGAGACUGUUUGUAAAAAAAACUGUGCAAAAAAAAAAUUAGCUGUUGCUUUUUUUGGUCUUUUUUAAAAAAACAUUUGGUUAGAAUCUUCAUCUUUGAAGAGUUAGAAAUGUCCAUUUGUUUUUUUGGGGGUGGGGGAGCAUUAAUUUAAAGCAUUUUUAAUGCUGUAAUGAACUUAUAGCCUUUGAGAAAUUAUUAAAUACCAAAUGAAAAUC